GACAUCACCAUUAUUGUCCUUAUAGUUCCACACGAUUAACUCAUCUUCAUCUUGGAUCUCUACAGUUUGGAUGGAGACAUCGAAUGAAUCUGAAGAGCUGAAUUCUGUUGAUAGGAGCAAUGGUGGAUAUAAUGAGAUCAUAAGAGAGGAGCUCAUCAUGCAGGAUCUAAUUCUCUACGGCUCCUCCGUUUCACCAUUCUUGCCGCCAUGGAAAUCGACCGAGCAAGAACAGAACACACCAGAUGAGCUCAUAACCAAGCCGAUGGUCGGCCCUACAAAAAUCAAAAUGCCAACGAGUUGCAGCAAUGGAUCACAGUUGGAAGGUUACAGCAGUUACAGAUCACCAAUGAUUGCGUUGCCUGAGAAGGGGCUGAGUGCAAAGAUGGAGGGUAAGUAUACUCUCAGAAUUAAGACUUGUGGUAUUGGAGUUGCAGACGAUGGCUACAAGUGGAGAAAGUAUGGUCAGAAAUCUAUCAAAAAUAGCCCAAAUCCAAGGAGUUACUACAGGUGCACCAAUCCCAAGUGCAACGCAAAAAGGCAAGUGGAGAGAUCAACUGAAGAUCCAAACAUGCUCAUAAUUACAUAUGAAGGCCUCCACCUUCACUAUACCUACUCCCACUUAUUCCACUCCCAACCCCAUGACUUGUCUGUAACAAAGAAACCCAAGACUAACUCUUUAGCUUGGCAACCUCAUCAUAUCCUCAAUCAAGACCAACCAAUGCAAUCAACUGUUCUGCAGCUGCCACUGAUAACUGGAGAUAGUCAACAAAAUACCUUUUUGGACGUUCAGAAGUUCCAAAAUUCAGCCAUGAGAGAUGAAAUCAUGCAAGAAGAAGCUCUAUAUGAUAAUAAUAAUAAUAAUAAGGAACAUUGUUCGCAAGGUCUGCUGGAAGAUAUUGUGCCUUUGAUGGUAAGAAAGCCUUGCAGCCCUGGGGAAUCAUCAAAUGAGCCUUCCUGUCCCUCUCAAGCUUCCUCACCCUCUUAUUCUUCCUCUCUUUGUUGGACUCCUGAAACUUUUCAUUUUGCUGAGGGUGUACUUUCUAGCAUGGUGUGA